UUUAAAAUAGGGUUUCUGCUUUUCCUUCAUUUUCUCUCACUUCACUUCCCCAUACUUUCCAGUCUUCCACUCUCACUCACUCCAAUUCUCACUCAAAACACUUUCUCUCUCCUCUCGUCGGCGCUUCAUCGGCGAUUUUUCUCCGGCGAACUCUCUUUGCUGCUGCAUUUCACUUCCGAUCGCCGGAAAACUCGAAGUAAACUGAAGAUAUGAGUUCAAGAAAGGGCGUUGAUGGUUUGAGCAAGGCUGUUAAUGAUAUCAGCCUCGAAUUUGCUGAGGAUGGGGCCUGGGAAGAUGUCAUCCGGAAGCCAAAGAAAUUUGGAAGGGGAAGACCAUGGGUCCAACCAAACCCCCCACCAAAAGCAUGGGGUCAGCCCGAUACUGCUCAUAGACUAGGCAUACGUAGCUGUAAUGCCUCAAACAGGAAUUGGUCUGUGAAAAGCGGAUCCUCUCAACCGAGAGAGGAGGAGGUCGUUGAUGAAAAAGAGGUGGUUGAUGAAACAAAGGAGAAGGCACAUAAUGAUUCAGAGGAUGAAGUGUACUCUGAUGAUGAUGAUUAUCUUCUGAGCGACGGUUCUGAUUCUGAUGAAGGACCGCAAACUCAUGAGUCGAUGAAGAACAAUAAGAUGUUGAAGAAGUUUGUUGAAAUUGUGGAUGCCCUGACCAUUGAAGAAAUAAAUGAACCUGAACGGCAAUGGCAUUGUCCUGCAUGCCAUGGUGGUCCUGGUGCCAUCGAUUGGUAUAAGGGUCUCCAGCCCUUAAUGGCGCAUGCUAGGACAAAGGGCUCUCAAAGAGUCAAGCUCCAUCGAACAUUUGCAGAUAUAUUGGAUGAAGAGCUUCGGAGAAAAGGAACUUCUGUGGUGCCUGCUGGAGAAUCAUAUGCUCAGUGGGAGGGUUUGAAGCAAGAGGUGAAAGAUCAUGACAUUGUCUGGCCUCCUAUGGUUAUGAUCAUGAACACAUUGCUGGACACUGAUGACAAUGAUAAGUGGAUUGGUAUGGGAAAUCAAGAGCUUAUAGACUACUUCAAAGGCUAUGCAGCUGUAAGAGCCAAACACUCGUACGGCCCUAAGGGGCAUCGUGGUAUCAGCGUCCUGAUAUUUGAGAGCUCGGCUAUGGGCUUUGUGGAAGCAGAGCGACUUCACAAGCACUUCCAACAACAGGGAACUGGGAGAAGUGCAUGGGAUAAUAGUAGAAAGGCUCUGUUUUAUGCCGGAGGAAAGCGCCAACUAUAUGGCUUUUUUGCUAGGAAGGAUGACCUUGAAGAAUUUAAUAAGCAUUCUCAAGGAAAAACAAGACUGAAGUAUGAGAUUAGGUCAUACCAGGAGAUGGUAGUUGUUCCCUUGAAGCAGAUGAGUGAGGAUAAUCAACAACUCACUUGGUUUAAGAAUAAAUCCGCCCUCUAUCAACGGCAAAAGAAGGCGAAUGAGGAACUUAAUAACGUUCUCUCUGAGAAGCUCAGGAACAUAAUGGAGGAAAAUCGGAUCGUGAGACAGAGAACCAAAGAACAGCAUGAGGAGAAUAAAGAAGAGAUGGAUUUUCAAGAGCAGUUCUUUAAUGAUCAGAUCCAGAAAAUCCAUGAAGCAACAAAUGUGAAGGAGGACCAAUUUGAAAAGCUUCAGCAGGAGGAGCGGAAGAAGAUUGAAGAUUUCAAGACAGUAGCCUCAAACACAGAGGAUGGUAGGCGCAGGGCUGAGGAGGCGACCAAGUUUAAGGAGAUGCAGAACCAAGAAAUUGACAAGUAUUUGGCUGAGAGAGAGCAACUGGCAAAGAUUCACAGUGGGAAGAAGAUUGAGAUGAAGAAGAGGCAUUGGGAGGAGGAGGUGGAGCUGGAGAGGGAAUUUGAUGCUGCCUUGACCGAGCUAAUGAACAAGUAUGCUCCUCGGCCCACCGAAGAUGCUGUUGGUGCUGGCGCUGGUGCUAUUGCAUAACUAUGGUGUACUUGGGAAUUAUCUAAAAACAGUCACAGAGGAUGGAAGAAAAACAUUUCAGUUUAAAGACUUAACAAAGUAGUCGUGGUUGAUGUCUGAGUUUUGUGUAUGGAAUGAUGAACUGACCUAAAGAGAGAUGACAAAUAGUGACUAUGUAAAUAGCCUGGAAUGGCCAAAGUAAUUUCGAAAUCCAUGUUAAUGCACAGUUGUUUAGGAACAACUUUGGUGCUAGGUGAUACAAGGGGGAAACCAUGUUUUCUACUAGUACAUGUAAUAUUUCUUCUGCUUCCCUUGAUUACUGUGACACUCGGAUCAUUCCUAUUUUCAACAAUGUGAAAUUGCGUGGGUUUUAACUGCUA